AUGGAAAACAGUAGAAGCAGAAUUGGAAGCACAUUCCUAAACAUAUCGAACUUAGAUCUCAACCUUUCUAAUUUGUAGCCUCAGAGGAGAGGUUCUUACUACGAUCCAUUUGAGAGCAGUAUUCUUGUUAAGAGCAGAUAGACGUAUUCUGAUAUGUAGAGUCCUCUACUUGGAAGCAAAAAGAGUUCUAAAGGGGGGUUAAGUAUUUCCGGCGCAGCGCUCUCAUUCAUUUCAACUAUUAUUGGAGCAGGAAUAGUGUCUCUUCCAUACGUUAUCCUACAAGCUGGAUAUUUAUAUGGAAUAAUGUUACACAUCCUCAUGAUUUUUAUACUGCUAUUUGCAGUAUACUUGCUUUUAGUUGCUAGGCAAAAUCUUGGAUACGAGUCAUUUGGUGAAAUAGCUUAUAUUUGUUUGGGGAAACCCUCUAUAUACGUAAUCAACUUUGUAAUUACUGCUGCUACCUCCUUGAUUGUGACUAUGUAUGCUCUCUUGUUUAGUAAUAUAUGUGUAUCUUUCUCGAAAAGCGUGUUUGGUGACACUUCAAACAGUGAUUACCUUAUUGAGUAUAUAGUCACGACAAAGGUAUUUUAUAUUGUAGCGCUUUAUAUUAUACUAUUGCCAUUUGUCAUGAAGAGAAGCUUCAAAGAGCUCAAACUGACUAGUAUCCUUCUAAUUUUUGGAGUGAUUUCAAUGCUAGUAAUAUUCUUUGCGAAAGCUUUUUUUAAGUCAUAUUUUGUGAAUGAAAGUGAUUAAAAGGUAGAGAUUUAUUAGAAAGGCAGUAUUGUUGAUUCAAUUUUCAUAGUUUUGACUGCUUAUGGAUUCAUUCUGAACUUUUACCCCAUUUUCGCCUAACUUGAGGUAAGAAGCAAUAAAAAUGGUUAUUUAUCUACUUUGAUGGCGAUGCUCUUCUGCUUUAUAACCUACCUUCUCUUCUCCUAUUUUGCAAUGGAAACUUAUGGGGAAUACUUGAACCCAAACAUCUUUGAAAACAUACAAGUUGAGACCAAUAUACCCUCCUAUUUCAUCAGAUUCAUUUUCUUAGCCAUUUUUAUCUGCAACAUUCCCUUUAUUUUCCUUCCUGGCAAGGAAUGUUUAUUGAUGAUGAUUGAUGAAGCCCUGAAAAAUACAAUUUCUAAAUAAAUUGAGAUAAGAAUAGCCACUUUAAGAGCAGGAAAUGUGAGUCUAAAUAUUAGCAGACUAGAUGAAGAAGUCAAUGGUGCCUAGAUAGCCUUAAGAGUUUCAACACCAUUGUAUAUCUCCUAUACUAUUGGUCUAUUCUCUCUCCAAAUGCUGCUAGCUGUUUUAAUUGACGAUAUUACUCUUAUUUUUGGAUUUUUUGCAGCAAUUUCUGAAUCAACGAUAAACUUCAUACUUCCAGGGUUGUUCUACAUUAUAAGCUUUAAAAUUGCUGGGAAAAAACCCAAUAUUUGGGCUAUUAUCGGAAGCUAUAUCUACGUAGUCGUAGGCAUCUUCCUGUUUUUCUUUGCAAACUACAACAACAUCAUAAAAAUUACUUCAUCUCCAAUUUGA